AUGAGUCUUCGGACCCCACCCACACUCCAGAAGCUGGCAAGGCAGGCUCUGCUCAGAGAUGAGGCUUUGGCCAUGUCCUCUCUGGAGGAGCUGCCUCUGGAACUCUUCCCAGCACUGUUCAAAGAGGCCUUGUAUGGCAGACACACCAUGCUCAUGAAGACAAUGGUGGCAGCCUGGCCUUUCCCCUGUCUCCCUGUGGGGGCAUUGAUGGUGACACCUGACCUGGAAACCUUGAAAGCUGUGCUAGACGAAGUAGGCAUGCGACUGACAAGAGAGUUUCACCCAAGGAGGUGCCUGAGGAAGCCCUUGGAGACCCUCUCCAACACUCACUACCAAAUUUCACAGUCAGACUUGGAUUCCUUUUCCUGCUCUCAGAGGCUCUUUCAGCUCAAACAUCUGGACAUGAGAGGCAUAAUCUUAUUGCUUUUAGAUAUAACGCCUCUCAAAGUUCUCCUAGAAAAUCUGGCAGACACCUUGCAGUCCCUGGACUUAAAGGGUUGUAGGAUGAGUGACUCUCAACUCACUGUCCUCAUACCUGCCCUCAGCCACUGCUCCAAGAUCAAAAAAGACAGCCUCUACAACAAUAAUUUCUCCAUGCCCAUCCUGAGGGACCUCUUGAAGCACACAGCCAACUUGAACAAAUUGAAUGUGGAACAGUACCCUGCCCCUCUGGAGUGCUAUGAUGAUUUGGGUGACCUCUCCACAGAGCUACUUGUCCAACAUUGUGCUGAACUCGUGGAUAUACUCAUGGCAGUAAGACAACCCAAGAGCAUCUCCUUUGCAUCAGGAGUCUGUGUUUGA